AUGAGGAAGAGGGAAGAGGGAAGAGGCUGUGGAGGUGGUGGAAGAGGCUGCAAUGGUGGAGGGAUGAGAAGAGGGAGCAAAGUUGCAGUUGAACCUCGUAAACAUGGAGGAGUCUUCAUUGCUAAGGGUGAAGAAGAUGCUCUGGUUACUAAGGAAAUGGGUCCUUGUGAGACUGUCUACAAUGAGAAGAAAAUCUAUGCAAGGAUAUUAGCACUCAACGCCUUCAUAUUUUCUGAAAGAGUUAUUUCAAUAAAAGCAAAUUGCAUUGACUCUACUGUUCCUGCUGAGGCUAUAUUCCAAAGUGAAAUGAAAAAAGAUGGUGCAGGAGCAGUUGAAGCCUAG